AUGAAAGAUGGCAGGCUUGCGCACGUGAUCCUCUGCAUGGGGAAGCCGAACAUGCCCAUGAGGGCGUCGACCGUUGCGCAGUUCGGAGCACCUGGGGGUUGCGACGUUUCGUUCGGGUAUGCAUCGCGCGGCAGUCCGCUGAGCCUCCCCGAAGUUGGCGACCAUGUGCUCUUUUCAAAACGAGUGCCCAGCCAAGGGGGGGUGGGGAAACUCCUUCUUCGCGCCGCCAGCAUCCUGGGCCGCGCGGCCUCUGUUUUUUUGUGUGCUUGCUUUUGUUUCGGAGCCGGGACGCCCUCAUGA